AAAACUACUUCCGUCUUUAGGGUUGUGUUGUUGUCAUGGCGCCGUUUCAAAUUGUUGAGAAGCUAAAUUUGAAAUUUAAGAUAUUAACGAGGUCCUGUAUUUUAAUUAUGCUUCAAUUAGCCACUCGGUGCGUAUAGCUGACUUAUAAUUCAUAUACAGAAAGUGGAAGAACUGAUCAUUAACGACGGCGAAGUGCCUGAAUUUAGUUUCUGGAUUUGAUUAACUUUAUGUUAGCAAAAUUAGCUCCCAUUAGCAUAACAUUUAGUAUUGUUUACUACAGUGACAACUGUUUUUCGCUGUAAUGACUGCACAAUCCCUGCAAAGUGGUCCCGGGAUUUUCUCAGGAAAGCAGAGCGAAGAGAGAGACUGGGUUGCUUUAGGAUCAACCAGAAAUGUUCACAGCCGCAGCGGUUUAACGGCUGGGAUCUCUCAUACCAAGCUGCUGUUCAAUGACACCGUCCCUGCAAGUACUAGAAACCGUGCCACACAUGUCGGCCUGCCUGCCCCCAUUGUGAUAGAGCGACUGCUGCCUGUAUCACACAUUAAGGAAAAUGUGGACAGCGCCAGAAGCUCUUUCAGCUUCACCACACUCUCUGAGGAAAGGCUUCAGGCAGCUGUUAAGCAGGCCAAGCGAGAUCUAAGACGAAGGCGCCUUGAAUCGCUGACAAAAUUAUCGGCCAAACCUUCUCAGGAGGCCUCACUCUUUGAAACAAGUGAUGUAGAACUCCGUCAGGAGUUUGCAGCAAGUCCAAGUAAGAUGAUGUCAAAAGCAUCCAGUCCAAAAGAGAAGGUGACUGUAGCUGGAGCCAAACGACACACAUCCCAGAAACAUCCUAUUUCAUCCAUGCCUCAAAUGAGCCGCUCACCCCCAACCAGAGACCCUGGCCUUAGGCAGGUAGAAGGAGACAAAGAGGCACCUUUAAGCCACGAGAUCCACAGGCUGCAAAAUGAGCUGGAAGUGUAUAUUCAGAAAGUGGAAGAGCUGGCUAACAGAGGGGAGAAAAUACAGGAGUCAUUAGAACCUGAAGAGGAAAACAAGUUGGAGAUACGCAGACAGAAACAGGCAGCUCGCUCAGCGCGUAUUAUUUAUGUUCUGCAGCAACAGGUAAAAGAGAUACAAGAAGAUAUAGAAAAACUACGAAGCCAGAAAAUGUGGGGUGCUAAAAAGUCCAUGGCGAUAAACAGGCUUGCAGCUGCACAUCGUGGAGCACUGAGGGCUUUACAGGUUUUUAUCCAUCAACUCUCUGAUCUGUCUCACAGCAAAGUGCCUGCUUAUUCCAAAGAACUGGGGCAGCUGAUUCGCCAGCUCUCUUUGUGCACAGCAAAAGUUGAAGUGGACCAGGGCUCGGCUGUGCCUGAGAAGGCCCUUGACAUCCUGCAGAAACUAGAGACUUUGGAUUCUGCUCUCAGUAAACAAGAGAUGCUCAUAAAGAUGCAGGCUCAAGCAUGCCUUCCGCAAAGGAAAUCUCCUCAUCGCAGCAAGUCUCCUACGACUGCACCCAGGCGUCCCAAACUGCAAGGAAUGGCUCGAGGUCCUUGCAAAGCAAAAAAUCCCAGAAGAGGCCUCCAUGCAGAUAAGAGAAUGGCCUCCCAGAAACCCAAAACUACUCAACAGCCCCUCAAUAGAAGAGAGGUGCUGCGGUCGGGCUUGGAGAGCCUCGUCCAGCAGAGGGAGCUGCAGAGACGAUCCCAGACCAAUACUAACAGCAGAAAAGAGCUGCCCUCUCAGAGAAAAACGUCUGAAACAAUAAAGCAUAAUCAGAUGCAAGAUGCAGGCUUCCAGCAGCCUACAGUCUCCUCUCGGCUCAGAGUGAACCAGCUCCCUCAAAAAGAGCACUCUGUGCCCUGGAUACCUACAUCCCCUCACUCUCCUCCUCCACAACGAUCCCCACAAAGGGGAGGACCAGAGCCUCGUUGUCUCUUUUCUCCAGUGAAAUCCUCACCAGACCCUCCAAAGCAGAGGCCUGGAGGUAGUUUGGCAACUGAGCCAGGCCUAAGCUCACAAAGGAAGAAAGAAGCUCAGAAUGAAGCAUUAAGGAAAGCUUGGCUAGAUAAGAUCACUGCGCACAGACUGCAAGAGCUGAACCAGCUGAGUAAAGAAGAGGCUGAACGCAUUCAGAGAUUAAGGUACAGUACUAAUAAAAUUAUUGUUUUAGCAGACUUGGAUCCAAGGUGAUGAAGGCUUAAA